GUGCUCUUUUUUUCAUAUUAAUAAUAGUCGUUAUUUAUCCCUUAUUUGAAUUCAUUUUCUCAUAAUGCGUAAGGGUGGAGUGCCCUCUGGACAGGACUGGGAGCCACAGGUUUUUAACUUUGCAAAAAAAAACGCUUCUCAAAAUCGUGCACCACGCGUUGUUUCUGCGAAGGAAGCAAAUCGUGCAAUCCAAAGUGGACAGACUGUCGAUAUCCAACGCAAAGAGCACCAACGCGCUAAUCAGCAGUCUAGCACUGCUGGGGCAAACGCAAAAAAGCUUGACGAGGACAAUGAAACCCUUAAAAUUAAGAGGGUAAAUCAUCAGCUCCGGAUACAAAUUAUGCAAGAACGACAAGCUCUAAAAUGGUCUCAACAGGAUCUUGCGCAGAGAAUAUCAGAGCACGUGAGCGUAGUGAGUGAAUAUGAGAACGGCAAAGCUGUUCCUGAAGAGCGUGUCAUUGUAAAGAUGGAAAAAGCUUUUAGGGUUCAUUUGCGUGGAGCGAAGGUAGGUGAGACGUUGGGAAAGAAUCGUCCUGCUCCGAAGCCAACAGAAUAAUUACGAUUUUUUAAUCAUUUCUAUUAUCAGUGUUUUAAUUUAUAUGAAGAAAUUUUUUGAAGAAGUAAUGGUCUAAUGAGGUUGGUCUAAAUAAGUUCAACUAAUUUAUUUGUUCCCAGAAAGUGCAAAAUUUUAACAAAAAAAAUCCAGUCUGAAAAUGUUUAAAGAAAAGAAA